AUGAGAUCAACAAAUGCUCCGAGAGAAAUACACGUGGCAUUGGUUGGAAUGAGUGGAUCUGGAAAAUCAGGUAAUUUGAGACAAAUAUUUGAAUUUGGGCCAAAAACAAAUGUUUCAGCCGUCGCUGUGAAAUACAUCACCAAACGAUUUAUUGGGGAAUAUGAUUCGACUCUUGGUGAGUUUUUUUUCAUUUUGGAAAUUUUGAGAUGAUAAUUUGGAAUUUUCAUGAUUUUUUGACUGAAAAUAUGAAUUUUUAAUUGAUUUCUCACCCAAAAAUAUUUCAGAAGACACAUAUUGCCGGCAGGAAACAGUUGGUGGACAAUGUAUGAUGGUUUGGUUGAUGGAUACUGUCGAAAAUGCGGCAAGAGAUGAAAUGAGAUGGAUCGCAUGGGCUGAUGUUUAUGUCGUGGUUUAUGAUGUUACGAGUCAAUUGAGCUUUCAGUGAGUGAUUUUUGGAGGGAAAUUUGGGAUGUUUUAAGUGGAAAAUCGUGUGAAAUGAGGGAUUUUGAGGAGAGAGUUCAGAUUUAGAAAUAGUUUUUUCACUGGAACUGUUUCAAAAAAUUUCAUAUCAAUUUCAUGUCUCAAAAACUCAUACUAACUUUCUGUAAUUUUUGUAUCAAAAAGCUUCCUGCUUUCCUAUGCAAAAAAAAUAUUUUUUUUAUCAGAAAAGUUCACUGUUUCAAAAUUUUUAUAAAUAAAAUUCGAUCAAUCAUUUUCUGAUUUCUACCUCAGAUUCAUUCCAAAAGUCCGAAAAAGUCAUGGAAUGAUUUCGAAUUUUUAUAUCGAAAAAGUUCACUGUUUCGAAAAAUUUUUAAAUCUGAAAAUAAAAAAAACUUUUCUAAUACGUCCAUUACACACACAACGAACAUUUCCAAAACAAAUUCAUACCAUUUCUCAAAAACUUUAAAAGGCUUAUAGUUUUCUUUCGUUCGAGAAGACCUUCGGCAUAUCUGCGAAAUUUUUUGUUGUCCAAUGGAGAAAUUGGGCUUACUUUUAGAUUUUUUAAAAAUUCAGUUUUUUCGAAAAAUCCGAAUUUCUUGAUUAAAAAUUAGUAGGCUAGAAAAACUAGAAAAAUACGUUUCAAAAUGAAGAAAAAAAUAUAUAAUUAUGGUUUUUGUUUUGAUUUAUAUUUCUUAACUCAAGUUGAAUGAAGAAAACCUAUUUCUGACCAGUCUGAAAUGAAUUUUAAAAAAUCUAUAAAUAAUCCCAGUGUUACCAAAAGUAUUUCGCAGGUAUGCCGAAGGUCUUCUCGAAAGAAUCGCUCGUCACGAACACGUUUUAUGCCCACGAGAACACCGAACAAUUCUAUUGGGAAAUAAAAUGGAUCUAGAUCGAUAUCGACAGGUUUCGGAACAAGAAGGCGAAAGAGUUGCUGCACAACACAAGGCAUAUUUUGCUGAAUGUUCAGCUGCCACGGAUUUUAGACAAUUUACACAAACACUGCAUUCUACCUUUCAGGUUUGUGAGGGAAAACUGGGGGUAAAUGAACUUAUCGAUUUUUAAAACCUAAAACUUAUGAUGUUUUUUAUCUCUGAAAAUUUCAUUGCUUAAAAAAAAGAAAAGUUGAUAAUUCAAUUUUCUUAUCUGGAAUUUUUUAUCCAAAGAACUUAGAAUUCAAUUAAUUUCCAAUUUCAUCCACUUUUUUUCAGAACAUAAUUUCUGGAGCAAGAAGUCCAUCUCCACGACAAUGCUCAUCAGAUUCCGAAAUUAUCACACCAAGUCAGUUUUUUCUUGAAAUUUCAAAUUUUCGACCUUCAUUUUUUCCAGGAAAAGGUGCGUUCUCCUCACUUCGCUCAUCUUCUCGCUCAUCCCAAGUUCGAUCAAAAACCUCAACCACAAAAUCGCCACAAGUUCAACCGCUACACAAAACUCCGUCAUUGAGCAAAUUGAAAACCGGAUCGAAAUUGUUGAAACUUUUUCACACAUAA